UCAUUAGUAAUAUUUUAUUACGAGCGCGCACACCCAGCCAGCCAGUCGAUCGGUCGGAAGCGUGUCUGCCAAAAACCAUUCCAGUCCCAUUCUGGCAGUGAGCGCAAGCGAGAGCGACAGAAGACGAACCUCCCUCCUGCUCCGUUUUGCGCAGAGAUCGUUGCUUGGUUGCGUCGGCGGUAUGUCCGGUCGCGCGUGCGCAAGAGAAGAGGAUUCUGUGGCGUGAAAAGAAAAUCACAGUUUUCGCGCACCCGCCGCCAGCAGCUGCGUCAGUGGUCAGUGGUUCCCUUCCGAGGGUGGGUCGUCGUGUGCGGGGUUAUUGUUUGUUUUCAUUUACCCCACCCCAAAAAUAGCUAGAGACGAACAGUCGGUUCGAUCAGACAACAGGCUCCGGUCGAUCGGGGCAGGUGCGUACCGGUCGUCUCCGGGACGUCUCAUUCGGUGCGUGGCUGUGGUCGGGCGUUGAUAUCGCGCGGUGCUGCGGAACAUGCUGGAACAGUUCUUCGGAAUCGAAGGAAUCGCAUUCUUCCGCGCACCCUGACAAGCGUUCGUCUUUCGAUCGUGGCUGAAUGACGGAUCGAACGAUGAGUCGCUAGUUUUGCGGGAAUUAAGUGACUAAGCAAGCUGGUGCUGCUGGUGCGAAGACAGGAUCGCUCUUUUGUGAUAGUAGUGUUGGGGGUGAUGGUGAUGUUGGUGCUUCCUUGAAACUAAGUACAAGCGUUUAGUUGAAGCUCUGCAAAACGGGCCUGUCGAAAAAGCGGGGAACCACUUUAUACGAGUGUGUGUGUGUGUGUGUGCUCACAGUGUGCUAAUCAGUGUGUGAAAUCGUGCCCAAGAUCGUGCUAAAUCUGAUCGCCUCUUGUUAGCCCCUUACUCGCGCACACACACGCGCGGGAUUGACGAUAACGAGACAAAUAGCAAAUAGUGACAGUCAAAAAUUGCCCCCCCCCCCCCCCGUUUCCUCCCUCUCCCCGAUUGGUGGUAAACUUCCUGCACGACGAAUAUGUUUGGUUGUUAUCCCGAGGCAAGAGCAAAGAUCUUCCACCAUAAACUUCAUUGCCGUGUCGGAUCGUGUUUGCUGUGUACGCGGUGUGGUGUUGUGUUGUACGAUCCGCCCGUGAAAAGGUGCUAACGGACAUCGCAACGCCGUCCGGUACCGACUGUAACUAGGAGGAGCAGUGGUUGAUCCAGUCAGUGAGCCAGUCAGUCAGUCAAAUUCCUUCCGAUUCGUUAGUGAUUAUAGCAAACCAUCGAUCGGUACGCAGAGAGAGAGAGAGAGAGAGAGAGAGAAGAAGAAAGAGAAGACCAAAUUAAACUCCGAGCUAAAGACUACGUGCGUGUGGGUGUGUGUGCGCUUCGAUCCCCCUUCAAAAAUGCUUCAAAGUACGAUCGGGCAGGCUCAGCGCUUCAAGAAGCGCGAGCGCACCCAGAACUGGGCGUACGAGGAGAAACACUUUCUGCUCGAGCUAUGCCGCAAGGAUAUGCACAUCAUCGAGAACAAGCGGCUGGACAGUGCGCUGACCACGCUGAAAAACCGGGCCUGGAAGAUCAUCCACCAGCAGUUUGCGAUCGCGUUCGGUACGGACCGGAACUGCAACCGGCUGAAGGAGCAGUGGCGCCGCAUGAAGGCCUGCACGCGGGCGGAAAUGCUCGACUACCAGCAGCGGAUACAGCGAUUCGGGCAGGAGGUGGCCGACCGCAAGAAGCCGAGCCAGUUCACGUUCGAGAUCUGGGACUUUAUGCAGGAGGCGAAGAAGGUGUGCAAGAACGAGCUGAUGGACGAUGUGGACUACUCGAAGAUGAAGCUGUCGCUCGAGGAGAACCUGCCGCAGGGUGUGUCGAUAAAGGAUUGCAGCGACGAGAACGACGACGAAAGCUCGUCGAUGUGGGAUAAAACAUCACAAAAUCUAUGCGAGGUGCAAAUAAAGGAAGACUCCCAGGACGAGCUGGACGAUUACGACAAGGGCCCGUCGGCCAAGUACCCGCGCCUGCGGGGGCUUUCGAGCACUUCGUCCCCUUUCGGCACACCGUCGUCGGCGGCGGAUGUGGUCCAGAGUCGGUUCAACGAGCUGAUCGCGUCCAGCUUUGCGAGCCGUCUCGCCAACAACAGCGAUCAUCACCAUCUCAGCGGAACCGGCGGAUCCGGCAGCAACCACAACAACAAUAACAACAACAACAACAAUACGGCCAGCGGGAACAAGCUGCUCGAAAGCCUUGACGCGUACCACCGGACAGCGUUUGGCAGUGAAUCGAGUUUGGCCGAUCUGACCGCACACGGAGGUGGCAAUGCCAGCGCUAACCUCUCGCAGAUGGAUCUAAACAACACGCUCGAGGCGCUCAACAUGCUAAAGUCGCGGUUCAACCGCAUCAUGGAGCCAGGCUACUGGAAGAAUGCCAUGCAGGAGGCUCACCACAAUCUCACCACGGCUGGCCACCAGCAGGCACCACCGGAUUCACCGACCGGAAUGGCGCACCACAGUGCGGCAUCGGCGGCAGCAGCAGCGGCAGCCAAUCACCUUCUGCAGGGUCUCGCAAACGGUGCCGCCGCAAACGGUGCACUCAUCAACGAUGACGAUCACGAGGCGAUGAUGGCGGCACACCAGCGGGCAGCAGCAGCAGCCACGACGCCUCCACCGCCCGCCAGCAGAAGUGCGAGCGCCGCAAUGAAGAAGCAGAUGGAGACGCAGCACCACCAGAGCGAGCACGAUCUGCGGAUGCAGAUACUGAAAACGGAACUAGAAACAGCUAAAAUCAACAAAGAGACCGCCGAGCUGAACCGGCAGCUGGCGCUACAGAAGCUCGGGCGGCGGGCAGGCGGCAACAGGACGAGCAGCGUCGCCAGCGCCGGCGACGUAGCCAAUCACUCCGACCGAAGGGACGACGACGAGCUGGAGGUGAUGAUGGAGGACAACACUUCGAGCUCGACCCUGCCAGAGGGCAGACUGGUGGUCCGGUCGCUAUCGUCGAUGGAAGCGGCACCGGCGGUGGUGGCGGCGGGAUCGGCAGCACCUCCAUUGCCACUGUCCGUUCCCUCCUCACCAUCGUUGCCGUUGCACGUGCACAACAUCGAGUAGGGAUCGAGAUUAGGGUUUAUUAGGGGAUUAUCAGGACAGCAGAGGACUUCCAGAGCCACCAAAGGCAAAUCGGCGCAUCGGAAUCGGUCGGUUAGAAUUUAUUUAUCAUUCCGCAAAGCAAAAGCUCGUGCACGUGUAUCGGAUCGGGUGGGUUGCGAUCGUUUUAGUGUAAAAAAUUGCUCCCAUUUAGCAUGCAAAGUAGUAGUGUCUAAGACGUAAGAGCGAAUAGAGGAGCGAGUAAUAAGAGGGCACGGGACGACGGAGGUCUAUUAAGUGAAGGGAGCGCGGAAUGAGACUGCAGCAGUGGCUGAAUGGAAAGUUACGCGCGAAGAUGCAUGCAAAGAGCAUUCCACUUAAUGAUAGCAACCAGUUUUAUAAAAAUAAUAAAAAAAAAAAACAGAU